CCGAGCCGUUCCGUGCCGCGGCCGCGCAGCCUCUGCCAUGGCCGGAUCCAGCGCGUGGAAGCGCCUCAAAUCUCUGCUAAGGAAGGAUGAUGCGCCGCUGUUUUUAAAUGACACCAGCGCCUUUGACUUCUCGGACGAGGUGGGGGACGAGGGGCUUCCUCGCUUUAACAAACUUCGAGUUGUGGUGGCCGAUGAUGGUUCUGAAAUCCCAGAAAGGCCUAUGAACGGGGCGCACCCGGCCCUGCAGGCCGACGAUGAUUCCUUGCUGGACCAGGACUUACCUUUGACCAACAGCCAGCUGAGUUUGAAGGUGGACCCCUGUGACAACUGCAGCAGACAGCGAGAGUUCCUGAAGCAGAGAAAGGUGAAAACCAGAUUGACCAUUGCUGCCGUUCUUUACUUGCUUUUCAUGAUUGGAGAACUUGUAGGUGGAUACAUUGCAAAUAGCUUGGCAAUCAUGACAGAUGCGCUUCAUAUGUUAACUGACCUAAGUGCCAUCAUACUGACCCUGCUUGCUUUGUGGCUAUCUUCAAAAUCACCAACCAAAAGAUUCACCUUUGGAUUCCAUCGCUUAGAGGUUUUAUCAGCUAUGAUUAGUGUGCUAUUGGUGUAUAUACUUAUGGGAUUCCUCCUAUAUGAAGCUGUCCAAAGAACUAUCCAUAUGAAAUAUGAAAUAAAUGGAGAUAUAAUGCUCAUCACUGCAGCAGUUGGAGUUGCUGUUAAUGUAAUAAUGGGGUUUCUGUUGAACCAGUCUGGUCACCAUGCCCAUUCCCACUCCCUGCCUUCAAAUUCUCCUACCAUAGGUUCUGGGUGUAGACACAACCAUGGGCAGGACAGCCUGGCAGUGAGAGCUGCAUUUGUACAUGCCUUGGGAGAUUUGGUACAGAGUGUUGGUGUACUAAUAGCUGCAUACAUCAUAAGAUUCAAGCCAGAAUAUAAGAUUGCUGAUCCCAUUUGUACAUAUGUAUUUUCAUUACUUGUGGCUUUUACAACAUUUCGCAUCAUAUGGGACACGAUAGUUAUAAUACUAGAAGGUGUACCAAGCCAUUUGAAUGUAGACUAUAUCAAAGAAGCUUUGAUGAAAAUAGAAGAUGUAUAUUCCGUGGAAGAUUUAAAUAUCUGGUCUCUCACUUCAGGAAAACCUACUGCCAUAGUACACAUACAGCUAAUUCCUGGAAGUUCAUCUAAAUGGGAGGAAGUACAGUCCAAAGCAAAGCAUUUAUUAUUGAACACAUUUGGCAUGUAUAAAUGUACUAUUCAGCUUCAAAGUUACAGGCAAGAAGUGGACAGAACUUGUGCACAUUGUCAGAGUUCCAGUCCUUAAUUUUAUACAUCUUGGGGACUACUGCCUAUUGAUCCUGCAGUCACAGACCUGAGAGCAAUAACCGCGCACACCUGAAUGAGAAAAUGGAAUCCCUGACAGCUGUGUCCAUAUCAAGCACCAGUCUUUCAAAACAAUCACUUCAGCCUGACAGUACUAGUUUCUGCUUAAUGGUAAAAAUGAGACUUCACCAUGAUUUUCAGAUGAAGAUGUUUCCAGAACACUACAGAAUAAGAUGUGACUCUACAGAUACCUCAAAGAAGACAAUCCGAGACCAUACUUCAUUCAUUAUGACAGAGUACGUGUCUUAAAGGAAGCAUCAAGAAUUCAGUAUUUGCAUUUAAAAAUUCUUUUUAAAGACCAUUUUUUAUCAAGCCAGUGCUGGAAAACUGAAUUUUUUUUAUUAUGUAAUCUUGACAUCCAGCUUCUGGAAUUUGACACCCAGCUCUCUUUUUACAGAAAUUAUUUCUCAACAGAUUUCAGAGAGUACUAGAAAUUAUCCAGAGAGUGGAAUAAGCAUGUAUUCCCCCUGUUUCAGAAAUGUCUUAUUUCACAAAUAAUGUUUUUGUUAGAGUUAUACUUUAUAAACAGUUUUUUUCAGAUGUUACAGGGUUUUGCAUCUCAACGUUAACAUUUUUUGGUUAUUUGUAACCUUAAUCAGAACCAAAUCUUUAUGUAUUGUGGUCCCUGUCAUUAGGAAUACUUAGGAAAUAUUUUCAGUACUAUCCUGAAAGGCAGAAGUUCAUCUUAAAUUCAAGUUAUGAUAUGAUAAUAUAAAACAAAAUAUAGGAGUAAGGAUGGAGUGUGGAAUGUCAGAUUUUAAGUCUUCCUGAAAUCACUUUUAUUGUUCAUGGAAUUAUCUUUACUUAAGAAUAGGAGGAGAUUGCAAAAUGUAAACAGUGAUCCUCUGCCCUUUUAAGAACUAAAAGUUUGCUUGGUACCUUGCUUCAGGCCUCCUGCCCAGUUAGUCUGUUUGUGCCCUUUCAGGGUAAAACUCUGGAGGACUGAGGUUCAGUUUGUAAUGCCCAUCUUUCCCCGUGUAGAUUAACCACAUUCCUCCAGAGAGAUUUUCUCUUUGAUGAUAAGGGUUAGGGAUUCUCCAUGGACUCCAGAAACCCUAAGAUACAAUCUUGAGGUUUUCCAAUAAUACCACAGCAGAAAUGCCCAAAGAGAUGGGGAGAAGACAUUACUCGGGGCGGGGGCGGGGAAUGUCAAGGGUUUUUGACCUAGUGUUUGUGUUUUUUAAAGCAGGGGAAUAGGGAUAGACAUUCAGUCUGUGGUGUAGGGAGGCUAAACAUGAAACUCCAAACUGAAUGUAACCUAAUUGGUAACAGUUGUGUUAAAGAGGCAGCUGUGAAUACUCAUGUUCCAUUUUGCCACUGUUGGUUUUGAGAUUAUCUUUAUGCACUUUAGGAGUCCAUUUUCACAGGGACAGUUUCUUAACCAAGAAUGGAUAUGGUUCUUGGGAUCCUCAGAAAAUCAGAGCAAAGUACAGUGUACCAGACAGACAAGUUGUGAAUUGAAAGCCUACAUAAACAUGCACAUGAUUUAUAAUAUCAAAAAAGGGUGAAAAACAGAUUUUCUUUCUACCAAGUACCUCACUAUAAGUAAACUGAAGAGAAAACCUGAAUUUACCUGAAUUUAUAUGAAAGACAAAUAGGAAUAAAUGAGAAGCAUCUCAGUGGACAUCUGGGCAUUUAUGGACUUUGGGUACCUAGCAAGAAAAAGGAAGAGAGUAUGCAUUAUAUGCGAAUGGUUUUCCAUAUUUGCAGCUGUUUCCCAUGUCCCCUGAGCUUAUUUCUUGUAAACUUUCCUAUAUCUUAGAUUAAGUAUAUCUUAAUUUUCAUACUGACCUGUUCCUUGAAAAGUUACUUGAUAAAACAGUCUAAAAUCCAUUUGAGGAAAAAAAAAAGGAGCCUUUUGUAAAAUGCAGAAUCACUGAAAACUUCUAUAAAUCCUAAUGACCACGUUCUAUUUAAAGUGAAGUACAUAUGAAGUCUCCUGCCUUUGUCUUUUGUAGCAAGGAUUACAGAUUUUGUACUUACUGGGUCUGUGAGACAGAAUUGAUAGAUGUCACUUUUUGUAACUUGACAAGACCCAGGAAGAAGGAUGUGAAUUUAGCAGAUAAGACCAGGGACUGGUCUGCCUCUGAUAAGGAGCCUUGGGUGUGUCCCUCACCUGCUGAGCUGCAACCCUGAGUUACAGCCCUCAGCCAGCCCUCACAAGGGAGAGUUGUCCACUGACCUAUGACAAGCGGUGGUAACUAUGGAUGAACACCUAGCAUGGUUACUUUUGCACUGGGAGGACAGAUCACAGCAUAAAAACUGGGCAGUUCUUCAGUGUGGUGUAUUGUAAUUAACAUUUGCAAAUAAUCAGAGUUACUUAUGUACAUAAAACGUGUUUCACAGCUCUGGCUAGAGGCAGCAUUUUGAUUUAUUUUAGGGAAAACCCUAUUUUUCAUUAAUAACUACGCUGCCUUAGAAAUCUAAUAUGAGAAAUACAGUGGAAUAAGGCAUCUUUAUGGCAUCAGAGGGCUAUGAAAUGCAAAACCACAAGCAAGCAGAAUUCCUACACACUUUCCAUUAGUUGUGCCUUAUGUGAUGCAAGCCCAGAUUUUUGCAGCUUGCAGCUCUCAUCAGUAUUGUUUGUCAAAUCACAGGAUCUCUUAUUUUACCUUUCUCUUUUCAAAUUUUGGUACUUUAUUUCCAUUUUCUAAAACUAUCCUGCUCUUAAAUGUCUCAGUGUUCUGGUUCUGUCUCUUGAACCCAGGUGUCCUCACUGACACUGUUUGUCUUUAGUAGAACUUUCCCAGAAUAGACACAGGCGAGAUUAGAUACAUGAGCUUCCCUUUCAUUUUAAUGUGAGGAAAACGAUCUUUCAGAAAAACAAAGCACCACUUGUAAAAUGUAUUUCUAGGGGUAAGGAAGAACCUUUUGUUUUGUUUUGUUUUUGUUUUUUGUUUUGUUUUGGUUUGUUUUUUUAACAGCUGCUUGUUUCUGAUCCAAAUUUCUUUGCACAUUGAGCUUUACAGAGUAAGUGUGAUAGGAAUGGUCUACACUAUACAACCAUGACUGAAGAUCAUUUCUAAGAAGACUCUGGGUUGUGUUUCUCCAGCAACCACUCUUCUGAAACAAGCACAAUUACCUAAAUUUUCCUUUCUUCCUUUUUCUUUCAAGUGUGGAGCUUAAACUUAAGACCCUGAGGUCAAGACCUGAGACACCCAGGCACCCCUAAAUUUAUUUUCUCUCUAUGAAUUUAUAUAAAUUGGUUCACCAUAAUGAAUAGUGUGCCCUUACCGAAUUUGAACCCCUUUGGAAUAAGGUUUUAGGUAAUUUUGCUGUUGACUCCACCUUACAUCUAGUAAAUUUAAAGUUACAGUAUGUGUUAAUAGAUAUAAAAUUAGUUCAUUUGGCUCAGUUUGUCUUUAAACCACACUUAGCUUAUGAGCCAGUUGGGUAUUAGUCACAAAUGAAUAAUAACUCCUUGCUAUGCUGCGUUGAGGGGAGGUGAGUCUGAUUUCCAAAUGAUUAAGUUUUAUUUCUAAGUAUAGAUAUGUCAUGUGAGUCUUGCCAGACAGGGUAUCCAAUUUAUUUUACAGCUCACCAAUCAGGGAUAUUUUUUGUGAUGUUGGUAGGUACCUGCAAAUUAGAAGAAAUUGUCAUGGGAGUUCGUCAGUAUUGUGUAUGUGCAUUCAGGCCAUCCCGUCACUGAUUUCUCACUUACAAAGGGUUUACCCUGUUCUUAUCAUAUUGUGAGGACCAAUGAACAUUUUCUGAUUUUUGGUAAGACUGGAAAACCUUUACGGAGACUUCCCCAAUUAAAUCUGUGCCAGUAUCAAUUUAUAAUAAUGUAAUUAAGUAUAUUUUGAAGUAAUUGCAACACAAAAUUGAAAUGGCCAGUAGUAUGUCAGCUUUGCACCUGGAAGAUACUGUAUAUUUGGAAAGCUUUUGCUUAUCUAAAAAAAAUAAUGUUAUUAAGUAAGCCAUAUCACAGUUUAAGAAAUUGUAUAUAAUUUUCCAUUUGCCCUUUCAGAAACCAGGUAUUUUGCAUAUGAUUGAUUUUAGGAAGAUUUUGAAGCUGGGGUUUGCCCUUGUAAUUUAAGAUCAAAGUAUAACAUAUGUAUAUGUACUGUAUUUGCAAUUUUCAAAUUGUAAUUUCCUAUACAUUUAUUAAAUAAAGUAUUGUUUUGCUGUGUGGUUUAUUAAAAAAUGAAA